CUAAUGAUACACGAAAUGUCAGACGACGUGGCCGACAAAAUAUGGUGGCUUUCUUAAAUAAUACAGAAGAAAUUAUUGUGUGAUUCAUAGAUACCAAACAGUUAAUUAGAUGUAAUAAUUGUUUAUUAUUAGAUUUCUUAAUAGAAGUUGAAAUCGAAAAAUAUUUUACGAUAUUGGUGAUCAUAUAUCAUAUUAAUCCAAUAUGGGUUUGUGCAAGUGUCCAAAACGAAUAGUAACAACCCAGUUUUGUUUUGAACAUCGCGUCAAUGUUUGCGAACAUUGUAUGGUUACUAAUCAUCCAAAGUGUAUAGUGCAAUCAUAUCUUUUAUGGCUUCAUGAUCAUGACUACAGUCCAGUUUGUAUAUUAUGUUCUGGAAAUUUAAGCGAUGGAGAUUGUGUUCGAUUAACUUGUUAUCACAUGUAUCAUUGGGCAUGUCUAGACAGAUAUGCUAGAGAAUUACCUGCCACAACAGCACCAGCUGGUUAUACUUGUCCAUCUUGCAGAACUUGCAUUUUUCCACAACCGAAAUUAGUAUCACCGGUAGCGGACGUUUUAAGAGAAAAAUUAGCAGGUGUCAAUUGGGCACGUGCUGGCUUAGGCUUACCAUUGCUCAGCGAAGACAGAGAACAAAAACCAGAACCGGAACAUGUUUCAUCGGCUUUGGAAACAUAUUCCUAUCACAAUCAUACUAUGACCACUUCUGCACCUACUGUAGUCACACCUCGUAAUAAUAGUAACGUUAGUUCCAUCAAUUCUAAUAUAAGUAAUGAUCAUUUAAACAAUCAAAAAGUCGGGCCACCAUAUUCUGUAGUAAAUAUAGAAACGUCCAUGUCACUGACUAAUCAAAUGUCAAAAAAAGUAUGUGAAGCUUACGAUGACCCGAAAGAUAUGACUUUCGAUCACGAUGAAAAUAAAUAUCAAAGAAAGUCAGCUAUUGAAUGGUUCUUAAGGUGGUGGAAAUUAAUUUCAAGGCCACCCGUAAGACGAAGGAGUACAACAGGUUCUAUACACAAGAGAUACGUCAUGCUAAUCUUUGCUGGUAUAACAGCGUUCUGUAUCAUUCUCGUCCUUCUUUCUUGGUUAGGAAGAAUGUCUACCGAAGGAGAUCCAAGUUACAGUGUACUAGUUAAUCCACAUGUUAAGGUUCAAGAUGAAAAGUUUGGUAUGUAAUAAAUAGAAAUAUGCGAAUAUGGUAUAAGUCAUAACACAAAUAAUAAAGACUAUGUGGAAGUAUGAGAAAAUAAAGCUAAUGAGAGAGAGAGAGGGAGAGAGAGAGAGAGAGAGAGAGAGAGAGAGAGAGAGAGAGAGAGAGAGGGAGAGAAAGGGGGGGAGAGAGGCAUAUAUAAGAAAAUAUUAUAAAAUAUAAAAAGCGAAUAUUAUGUACACGAAAGAAAUGUGCAAGUGUAUGAAACUGUGUACAGUAUACUCCUAGCUCUAACGUUUGUUGAUUUUUAUGUAAUUUAGGCUGUACGAUUAAGUUGUAUAUUUCAGUUAAUUAAACGAAAAUUGUACGAAUUUAUAAAAUAUCAAAUGAUAAUAUCUACGAAGGAUUAA